UUCUAAAUCGUGUAGUCACUCUGGGAAGCUAGUAGUCAUUCAUAACAGCGAAGAAGGAGCGCAGUUUUAGGUUCUAAUAGUUGGGGGAUAAACAGCAACACCGUCACAAUGUCUAUUAUGUCCUAUAACGGAGGGGCCGUCAUGGCCAUGCGGGGGAAGAACUGCGUGGCGAUCGCAGCGGACCGGAGGUACGGCAUUCAGGCUCAGAUGGUUACCACAGACUUCCAGAAGAUCUUCCCCAUGGGAGAGCGGCUGUACAUCGGGCUGGCUGGUCUGGCUACUGAUGUUCAGACAGUAUCUCAGAGGCUUAAAUUCAGACUGAACCUGUAUGAGCUGAAGGAGGGUCGCCAAAUCAAACCCAAAACCUUCAUGAGCAUGGUGUCCAACCUGUUGUAUGAGAGGAGGUUUGGGCCAUACUACAUCGAGCCCGUCAUCGCCGGACUCGACCCCAAAACCUUGGAGCCUUUCAUCUGCUCCCUGGAUUUGAUCGGCUGCCCCAUGGUGACGGAAGACUUUGUUGUGAGCGGCACCUGCUCGGAGCAGAUGUACGGCAUGUGUGAAUCUUUGUGGGAGCCAGACAUGGAACCAGAGGACCUGUUUGAGACCAUCUCGCAGGCGAUGCUGAACGCUGUGGACAGAGAUGCAGUGUCUGGAAUGGGAGUCGUCGUACACGUCAUCGAGAAAGACAAGAUCACCACACGAACCCUGAAGGCCAGGAUGGACUAGAGCUCCGGUUUCUGUCUGCACUUCACUGACACGGAUGUUUUGUAUAAAAAUGAUGCCUGUACUGUCUCCUUUUUCCCCCCCUUCUUAUUCAUAUUGCGCAAUAAACAAACAUGGGUUCAAACAAAA